GCAUGAGAUUGUGGGUGUAGUGACAGAGGUGGGUAGCAAGGUACAAAAGUUCAAAGUUGGAGACAAAGUUGGUGUUGGUUGCAUGGUUGGAGCGUGUCACUCAUGUGACAGCUGCAAGAACGACCAUGAAAAUUACUGUCCAAAAGUGAUUCUCACCUACAACUCCAUAUACUAUGAUGGAACCAUGACAUAUGGAGGCUAUUCUGAUCACAUGGUUGCUACUGAGCGCUGUGGUUCGGAUUCCUGACAAUCUGCCUCUUGAUGCAUGUGCUCCUCUCCUUUGCGCUGGGAUCACAACUUAUAGCCCCCUAAGAUAUUUUGGACUUGAUAAGCCUGGUCUGAAUUUGGGCGUGGUGGGUCUAGGUGGGCUGGGUCAUGUAGCUGUGAAGUUUGCCAAGGCUUUUGGGCUUAAAGUCACUGUGAUCAGUACCUCCCCUCGCAAGAAGAAGGAGGCUAUUGAACAUCUUGGUGUGGAUUCAUUUCUGAUUAGCACUGACCCUAAUGAGAUGCAGGCUGCUAUGGGCACUUUGGAUGGAAUUAUUGACACAGUCUCUGCAGUUCACUCUUUACUACCAUUGCUUGGUCUGUUAAAGUCUCAUGGAAAGCUCGUCUUGGUUGGUGCACCAGAAAAGCCAUUUGAAUUACCAGCCUUUCCUUUGCUUAUGGGGAGGAAAAUAGUAGUUGGAAGUAACAUUGGGGGUAUGAAGGAGACACAAGAAAUGAUUGAUUUUGCAGGAAAACACAACAUAACUGCGGACAUUGAGGUCAUCCCAGCGGACUAUGUGAACACUGCUAUGGAGCGUCUUGCCAAAGCUGAUGUUAAGUACCGGUUUGUCAUUGACAUUGGAAACACACUGAAAGCUGCCUAGUCUUUACCCUUAUGCUUCCUGAAUUUAGUUUGUUGUAGUGACAUGGUCACCGAUAUGGGAGACUAUUAAGUUGUCUACUGUCUUUAUUUUUUUUUUGUAAUGUCGGGCUUUUUGUUACCAAUGUUGGAACAUCUUUUCUACCGGUUACAUCCUGUGUCUCCUAGCCCAACUUAAUUUUUAAGUGCACUUUUGAAGAUCUCAAAUGCAUUGCUACAAAAUAGUUGACUUAACUGCUUGACAUUAUGUAAAGAGUGCGUGAGAAGCAUUACCCAAAAAGACAAAGUCUUCACUCCUUCGUAAUCAAAUUAACCAUGUUUGCAUC